UCUGUCUACACGGCAGCGGUCGCGCCUACUCGCGCUAGCUUCCAUGGCGACAAACUAGAAGAGCGUUUUGUCAUGUUGACCAGCCGGUUAGCUCCUGUAAGCGAGCUAACGGGCAUAUUAUGAAACGGGAUAAUGUAGCAGGACAACUCCUCGGACGACCCUUACACUACAUUGAGCAUGCUAAGCUUACGUGGAGCCGUUAGGGAGAAAGCAGCCCGCAACUAGACCGAGCUAACGGCUGAAAGCUAGCGCAGGCUAGUGUUCACCUGCAGGCUGUUUUUGCUAAAGCUAACAGGAUGGAAAGUGUGAAGGAAAACGGGUCUGGGGGGCUUUCAACUCCAUCAACGCCACUUGAUUCAAGCAGUGACAAUGUUUCGGUGAAGUCUGGAGGAUUAACGCCUUUGUCUGCGGGGAAAAGACCCUCAAUAGGGGAGGAUGACGGCGGGGGAGCCGAGGCGAAACUCUUCGGGAAGGGACUGGCAGCCACCUCCCUUCUCCAGAUUGCAAUCAGGAACGGGAUCUAUCAAAACCAAGUUGCCAACGCUAUCGGCGGGGCUGCCAAAAACAUAAACAUACCCGCCGUUAAAACAGCCAACAUUUACAGCCUGACAUCUGUCAACAGCACCACUUCAGUCAACUCUUUACUGAGCAGCAGGAGGAGGCACAGACACAAGAGGAAUCUGUCUCUUGGUGCUCCUCCGACCAGCAGCUCCACCGGCGUAUCUUCUGCUGAGACAGCCAGCCUGGCUCCUUCAGCCUCUCCUCUGAGCACCCUCAGCCUUGACAGGAGGACUUUUCUCCGGCAGAAGCAGUCCAAGCAGCUUCAGGCCUCAGAUAAGUCGUGGGUGAGAUCGGACCUGCGACGAGGAUGCAUCCACGUCCACGACUGGCUCACACCCUCCUAUCCACGGCCUGUGCUCUGCACAGUGGACACCACUGCUCAGGAGGUGGCCAGUAAACUGGAGGGCAGCAAAGCUGGGGCUGUGUUGAGAAUAAAUUACAAAAGUGCUGCUUUAGUGGACUUAAAUGAUAGCAGUAAAGAUAGUACUGGACAGCCUGAUGAGAGCGACAGUCUCAGUGACAGUGUGGAUGCAAAAACCUCCAAAUCAGAUGAGAAUGAUGAUUCAAAACAGUAUUACUCUGAUCCUAAACUGUCCUCUAACUUAUUGGACGAUAAAACCGCCAGUAACUCUUCAUCUGAGGUCUAUCUGAAUGACAUAGGGAUGGAUUUAAGCCUGAGUGUUGGAGACUGUUAUGGGGUGUACUCUGGUUCAGACAUGGAGAGCAGCACCUGUGAAGACUUUAGCCCAGGUGGACCCAGAAGCACAGAGCUCAGAGACUCGCUCAGCGAAGGGCUGGGUCCGGGUACAGAUUCUUCGGCGCUGAGCCCAAACUGCGACAGUGCCACAGAGGGCCCAGACCCAUUUGAGAGCUCCUCAGACGAGGUAGAGCUCACCUCUUCUCCAACACAUUCAGUCAGCUCUGCUGCAGACAAACAACCCGACCUUCCCUCCACAGACCCCAGCAGUGCUUCCAGCCAAGUCAAAACCACGCUGGGUGACACAGAAACCGUAGGAACUGGUGAUGUCACAGACAGCCCAAAAUUAAUCAAACCUCCCUCUAAAUGCCCCAGUAGCUCUCAGACACGGCCUCUGACCAGCCAAGCAUCUGUCCAGUCUGACCCAGAGAUCCCAGGGGGGAACAGAAGCUGGCCUGAGCCCAUCAAUACCAGUCCGACCCCAGCUCUCUACAUCCAGCUGCACGGUGGAGCAGUGAGGCGUCUGGGAGAUGAUGAAAGGCCUCUGCAGAUAUUAAAUGAGUACCUGACAAACCUGGGGUUUGAGGAUCCAUGGAGGGUGCAGGCGGAGGGGAUGAAUCCUGAAAUUGGCUGCCUUAUACGCUUCUACUUUGGUAAGCCUCGGAGUGUGGGUGGUUCUGAGCGCGUGCAGCUCUCUGGAGUGUUCAACGUGAGGAAAGGGAAGCUGGCGUUGCCGGUGAACCGCUGGUCAAAGCGUCAGGUUACUCUGAGUGGAACCUGCCUCAUUGUCUCAUCAGUGAAACACGCCCAUACCGGCAAGAUGCACAUCCUCCCUCUCAUUGGAGGAAAGGUUGAGGAGGUAAAGAGGCACAGCCACUGUCUAGCUCUCAGCUCAGCUGGUCCUCAGAGUCAGACCUACUACAUCAGCUAUGACUCGUAUACAGAGCACCUGCGCUGGCACAGGACCGCCUCAAAGAUCGCAUCCCAGAGGGUGAACUCGGUCGACCUGUCGUGCUGCAGCCUGGAGGAGCUGCCUGCUCAGCUCUUUUACAGCCAGGACCUCACACACCUCAAUCUCAAAAACAACUUCAUGUCCCUGCACAAAGGUGUUCCAGCACUCACCAGGUUUUGUAAACUGAGAAGCCUCAGUCUGUCAAAUAACGCUCUGUCAGAGUUUCCUCUGGCCUUGUGUGACAUCCCCUCGCUAACGGAGCUCAACCUGUCUGGAAACCGCCUCUCGUCUCUGCCUGCAGACGUCGGAUCCAUGCACAACCUGCAGACCCUCCUCCUGGACGGAAACUUUCUGAGCUCUCUGCCCAUCGAGCUGGGCUCUCUGGAUGGCCUGACCUACCUUGGUUUGUCCUUCAACUGUUUCUACUGCAUCCCUCCUGUCCUGGAGAAACUUAAAGGCAUGGAGAGACUUUGUUUGGCAGGAAACCAGCUCUCUGUCCUGGAUAUCGCUGGACUGCAGUGGCUGCCCGCUCGCCAUAUAGAUCUCAGACUGAAUCGGCUUCAAACGCUGACAGCGGGAGACUCGGAGCAGCUGGUUCACAUCGUGCAUCUGGACCUGAGGGACACUGGUCUCCAGGAGCUGGAUGUCCGGUCUCUCAGCAGGCUGGAGCUCCUCCGCUGUGACAGAAACAACAUCUCUCUCCUCAGAGUUGGUGGACAUGCCCUCAAGAGCCUGCAUGCUGCACACAAUGAGCUGAAGCUCCUGGAGGUGCAGCCAGUGCCAGAGAGUCUAACAGUACUGGAUUUGUCCUGGAACAAGCUGGGAUCAGUCCCUGACUGGGUUUGUGAAAGCAGCAGACUGGAAGUGUUGGACAUCAACCAUAAUUCUGUCACAGAUCUCCCUGUUCAGCUGCUGUCCAGUGGGAGCCUCAGAAAACUGCUGGCAGGCUGGAACGAAGUGUGUCGGCUGGCUGAGAGGAUGGAGAGAUCUCAGCUCGAAGUCCUGGACCUCCAACACAACCACCUGACCGAGCUCCCACACAACCUGUUCAUCAAAGCACAGAGCCUGCGGUACCUAAAUGUGUCAGCCAAUAAGCUGGAGAACCUCCCUGCAGCCAGCCUAUCAGAGGACAGCUUCAGCAGCCUGGAGGAGCUCUAUGUCACCAACAACAACCUGGCAGACAAGUGUGUCCCUCUACUGACGGGACAUGGACACCUCAGGGUGCUACACCUUGCCUACAACCAGCUACAGACCUUCACUGCCAGUAAACUGGCACGACUGGAGCAGCUGGAGGAGCUGGACCUGAGUGGAAACAGACUGAGAGCCGUGCCCACCACCAUCCUCAGCUGUCAGCGCAUGCACACGCUCUCCGCCCACUCCAACUGCAUCAACGCUUUCCCCGAGGUUCUCCAGCUGCCCGAGAUCAAGUGUGUCGACCUGAGCUGCAACGAGCUGACGGAGGUCACUCUGCCUGAGACUCUUCCUCCAAAGCUUCAGGAGCUGGACCUCACAGGAAACCCUCGCCUGAACCUCGACCACAAGAGCCUGGAACUCCUCAAUAAUAUCAGAUGUUUCCGUGUGGAUCCGUCACCCUCAGCUCCGUGUGUGAAUGAGAGUCAUGGGGCCCCUGCAGUCUGGAGUCAUGGCUACACUGAGGCCUCUGGAGUCAAAAACAAGCUGUGUGUGGCUGCUCUGGCGUUGGACAGCUUCUGUGGGAUUCGUGAAGCUCUGUAUGGAGUUUUUGAUGGCGACAGGAACGUAGAGGUGCCUUAUCUGCUGCAGUGCACCAUGGGAGAUGUGCUCGCAGAGGAGCUCCACAGGGGUCAGAGGCAGGAAGAUUACAUGACCAACACUUUUCUCACCAUGCAAAGGAAGCUGGGCACAGCAGGCCAGCGGAUGGGCGGCUCUGCUGCUUUAUGUCACAUCAGACACGACCCCGUGGCCCCAGGUGACCACGGCGGCUGCUUCACCCUUAAAGCCGCCAACGUUGGCAGGUGUCAGGCUGUGCUGUGUCGCGACGGCAAAGCUUUACAACUCUCCACCACACACACAGUCAAAGAGGAGGUGGAGUAUCAGAGAGUCCGACAGCACAACGCCAUCAUCACUGAGGAUAACAAAGUCAGCGGUGUGACCGACUCCACCAGGAUCAUGGGUUACUCUUUCUUGUGUCCCUCUGUGACACCCAGACCCCACGUUUCCACGGUAACCUUAACGCCGCAGGAUGAGUUCUUCCUUCUGGGAAGCCGGGGAUUAUGGGACAUGUUGUCUCCCAGCGAGGCGGUGGAAGCGGUCAGGAAUGUUCCGGAUGCUUUGGCCGCUGCUAAGAAGCUGGUGACUCUGGCUCAGAGCUACGGCUGCUCGGACAGCCUCAGCGCCGUGGUCGUCCAGCUUAGCAUCACAGAGGACUGCUGCUGUUUCUGCGAGCCUCCUCCUCCGCCCCCCAGCCCCGGCCUGGGCGCACACACCAGCACACACCCAUACUCGGGGAGCAGUGACGGAGGCAUACCUCUGCCUCCUGCCUCCUCUGGAACAGUGAGCGAGCUGAGCAGUGAGUUCAGCACAUCAGAGAUGAGCAGCGAGGUGGGAUCCACGGCGUCGUCGGAGGAGCCCCCACCUCAGACCGAGCCUCUGACAUCUCACCUGAACCUGCCAGGGGGGCGAGCAGGUGUGCGGAGGCCGGCCUGUGGAGGAGGAAACUUUCAGAGGCAGUUCUCCGGGGCUCUCUCUGACAACGGGGUGGACAGUGAGGACGAGGAGCCGAUCGCUGGCGUCUUCUCUAACGGCAGCCGUGUAGAGGUGGAGGCUGAUGUCCACUGUCUGCACCGCCAAGACAUCACCGGAUCUCAAACCCACUCUCAGCCACGCACAAACACCCCUCCAGCUGCUGCCUUGCAUCAUGAGCCUUCACCUCUUCCCUUCUCCUCCCCCUCUCCCUCCCCUGUCCCUCCCUCCUCCCCAUGCCUGGGCAGAGAGGCUCUGACGGGGACCCUGGGCCGCCGAGCUCGAGCUAAUGGUUCUGUAGCCUGCCAAGCAAGAAAUCAGGACCUCAUAGAGGAGGCGGCUGAUGCCCCUGUCAGAAAACAGGGAGGUUACUUCAACGCUCCCGCCCAGCCGGACCCCGACGACCAGCUCAUCAUCCCGCCAGAGCUGGAGGAGGAAGUCCGGCAGAUCAUCCAGCAGCAGCAGCAGGAACAGAUUCAGGCACACAACCAGCAAGCACACGGCUACCAGAAACCUGCCGACUACUUUAUCACACCGCUCUAAAGCCUGCUUCAUCCUCUGCUCCACCACAGCUCCUCACCCUGGAGUCACAUUUCAGUGAUUUCAGGGUGGAAUAAGACUGUUUAAGUAAACCGCUCCUUCCAAAAACCUCAGAGUGUUCAGAGCUAGGGCUGGGCCAUAUGGACCAAAAAUCAUCUCUACAUAUUUCACAGUGGAACAAUGAUAAAGGCUGUUCAUCUUAGGUGAAGAAAUGACAAAUGGUGGUCACAAAAACAGAUUUAAUGACUUUGAUUUGAUUCUAGUAAAAAAUCAAAUCAUAUAAGAACCCGUUUGAUACCAUGGUGGCAAAAAUAAAUGUCUGAAUAUUAAGUGUUUUUCCCUUUUAAGUUAGCUAAAUGGGGUAGGGAGCUGUAAAAUAAUCUGACACCAAAUACUUGGGGAUUAUUUGGACAAAUAACUGUUUAUGCCCAAUUUUGGCUUGGGACACACACUCCUGAUCUUCAGAUGGGGCAAAUCUGGCCUAAAAUCAGGCUUGAAAUCGUGUAGUUAGUGGCCAGCCUUAGACAAGAGGUAUUUGAUCAGGCAGAAGUGUCAAACUGAGAGGAAGUGUUGUCAUACUGUCAUACUGGGAGACUUAAAUCAAAAGAUUUGAUAAAAACAUUGAUACUUAUAAUCGGCUAACAGGCGGUUUUAAACGGUAUUGGCCCUAAUUCUGACAAUCUGAUCAUCAUACCAGGACCAGUUAGCCUUUAUGGACCAAGCUUUAAUAAUCAGUGGUAUCAAAAAAAGCAGAAUGUUAAUGCCAUCUAGUCAUAUUUUUAACCCAAAGAGAGACACAAGUGUCUAAACUGCAUAGAUAUGUUGGCAAGAUUUGGAAGAAGUGGACUGAACUGGCAAGAAACAAGGAUUUCUAUCACUCCUCACCAGUCUCUGACAUUUUUCCAAAUUUUGCCAACAUAUUUUUGCAAUUUAAAAAACUUGCAGAGUUGCAUUUUUGCUAGUAAAAGUCAACAAAUUGAUAUAGCAAGUGUAGGGCUUUUACUUUUGUCAUGGUGGUAUCGAGCAGGUAUCAUUAUCAUUGAUUUUUCUUAGUAAUAAAAAUGCACCUUAACUAGACAAGAAAGCUAAAAAGAUAACCCCAUGUACUCUAAACAUUUCACAAAGAUAAUGCUGUCAAUAAGCCUGUUACUGUUCUUACUCUAUCUUUUUACUGAUUUUUGAGUUUACUAUCCUAAAUCAAUAUAAACUAUGCUGAUAUAAACGAUACUGUCUUACCUUGUAUCUCAUGAAAAUAAACCAGACUAUCUCAAAAUGCUGAGAUAUUGCCCAGCCCUGUUCUAAACGAGCUUCUGGACCAGAGACUGUUUUGUUAUUUACUUUAUUUUCUACUGUUCACUCGUUGCCCCUUGAAACGCAAUGCAAUUUUUAUAACACUUUAUGUUGAUCAAAUCUUCACAUGUAACUGAUUUUUACCAUAUCUUUAAUUUUGCGAAGCACUUUGAACGCUUUUUAUUAGACUUCUGAGAUUAGUUUUAUGUUAAAGGUACUUUAAGAUCCUCUGUUUUUGUGUUGUAGCAGAAGUUUGUGGCGGCUGACGGCCUUACAGUUGUCGGAGUUAGUAAAAAACUGUUAGACUAACUCCUAGGAGUUAAUUCUUUACAGUGACCUAGUCACUGAAGUGUACUAAUGUUCUCUGAGAGAAAAGACGAUUAUUUCAAAAGGCUGAUAUUCCAGGUUUGUGUUUUUGGCGGGGUGUGCAGAGUUCAGAGUGGUGCUGCAGUGGUGAGGUGAUGCUGAACGCUCGGGAGGGGGUUGCACAGAUGUUACCAGCUCAAUGAAUGUUCUCAGAACAGUGUUACAGACUUCGCACAAGAGAGCUACUUUUGCUAUAUAAUAAAUGAAAGUUUCCAGAU